AUGGAUAACUAUGUCACAAGAUCGACAAUUGGGUAUCCAAGUUCUAGCUCUACCAAUCCAUCUACUGCUUCAACCAUAGCUCCGAAAAUUCAAAAGAAAAUAUUUAUUUCAGAUGUUGAUUUAGAAUCUCUUGAAGCUGAUCCGGAAAUUAGAAAGCCCAUUGCAGAGUAUAAUCCUAAUAUACGUGAUGAUAUUAGGAGAUAUUAUAUUCUUAAAAAGCCUUGCAAACCUAAGGAUCAUAAAUUUCCUAAAACUAAGUUUGGGAAGGUAAUGCGGCAGUUCUUUCCUAAUUGGUUUAAGGAUCGCAAGUGGUUGGAGUAUAGCAUAACAAAAGAUGUUGCAUUCUGCUUGUGUUGCUACUUGUUUAAAAAUGAAUAUGAAAGUCGUGGAGAUGUGGUUGAUGCUGCUUUUACGAAGACCGGCUUUAGAGCUUGGAACAAAGCUACAGAAAGAUUUAGAGCUCAUGUUGGAGAUGUAAAUAGCAUCCACAACAAGUGUUUCAACAAGAUGCUUGAUUUUAUGAAUCAAUCACAAUCAAUACGCACUUCAUUUGAUAAAAAAUCCAAGAAAGAAAAAAGUGAGUCUCGACGUCGCUUGAGUGCUUCAGUUGAUGUGACAAGAUUUCUCUUGAAAUUAGGAUUAUCAUUUCGUGGACAUGAUGAGAGUCGAUCUUCUUCAAAUAGAGGCAUUUUUCUUGAACUUUUGCAAUGGGAUUUACUUCGGAAGCACCAAGCUGAACAGUUAGAGGAGUUGCUCAUAUCAGGAGAAGUGCAUACUGGGCGAGGAUUCAAUCAAGAACAUGGACUUCAACGACCAGUUAUUCAUGUGCUUGAAUUUACUGGAUGCGAGUGUCCAAACUAUACUAAUAGACUUCUUGCUAAAACUCUUGUGGAUACGAUUAAGAAAUUUGAUUUUGCCUUUAUGCUGCACUUAAUGUGGAAAGUUCUUAUGAUGACAAAUGAAUUGAGCUCCUCAUUACAAAGGAUGGAUCAAGAUAUUGUCAAUGCUAUGGGAUUUCUUGCUCUUACAAAGCAAAGAUUACAAAAUAUGAGGGAUAAUGAAUUCGAAUCAUUAAUGGAUGAUGUCUCUUCUUUUUGUGAUAAACAUGAUAUAGUCAUUCCGGAGAUGAAUGCUAGCUACUUUCCUGGAAAGUCAAAGCUUAAAGCUCUUGAUGUUACAUAUUCUCAUCAUUUGCGUGUUGAAAUAUUUUAUGUUGUUAUUGAUUUGCAUCUUCGAGAGCUUAAUAAUCGUUUUGAUGUUGUGAGUACUGACUUACUUCUCGGUAUGGCUAGUUUGAAUCCAGUUAAUUCAUUCGGUAGUUUUGAUAAAGGCAAGCUAAUGAGUUUUCAGCUUGAUAGCUUUAUAGUUUAUGCUCGUGGUUCUGACGAGAGGUUCUUCAACUUGAAGGGAAUUAGUGAUCUUGCUAAAGUAUUGAUCAAGUCAGAUCUACAUCAAACUUGGCCACUUGUUUAUUUGCUUAUCAAGUUAACUCUCAUUCUUCCCGUUGCUACUGCUUCUGUGGAACGAGCUUUCUCAUCCAUGAAGUACAUUAAAAAUGAACUCUGUAAUAGUAUUGGUGAUGAAUUUUUGAAUGGUUGUUUAGUUUGCUAUGUAGAGCGUAAGAUAUUUGCAAAUAUGAUUUUAACGUAA